AUGGCGGCGGCGUCUGGUGCUGGCGGUAGCAACAGAAUCAAGGCCUUAGAGCUGCUGCGCUCCUUGCCCAGGGUCAGCCUCAUCAACCUGCGACCUAAUGAUGGCGCCAGGCAACGGGAAAAGCGACGUGGACGUGGGUUAACUGGAGGCAGAAAAAGUGGCCGAGGUCACAAAGGACAGAGGCAAAGAGGAACCCGGCCUCGGUUAGGCUUUGAAGGAGGUCAGACUCCAUUUUAUCUGGUUAUUCCAAAAUAUGGCUACAAUGAAGGACAUAGCCGCCGGCGCCAGUAUGAGCCCCUCAGUCUCAAAAAAUUGCAGUAUCUGAUUGACUUGGGUAGACUUGAUCCCACACAACCUUUGGAUUUGACACAGCUUGUUAAUGCCAGAGGUGUAACAAUACAGCCACUCAAAAGAGAUUACGGUGUACAACUGGUGGAAGAGGGUGCUGAUACCUUUGCAGCAAAAAUAAAUAUUGAGGUACAGAUGGCUUCUGAGCUGGCCAUUGCAGCAGUUGAAAAAAAUGGGGGUGUUAUUACUACAGCCUUCUAUGAUCCAAGGAGUUUGGAUGUUCUUUGCAAGCCAGUGCCAUUCUUCCUGCGAGGCCAGCCUAUUCCAAAGCGCAUGCUUCCUCCUGAAGAUCUCGUCCGUUACUAUACAGAUCCGACUAAUCGUGGGUACUUGGCAGAUCCAUUAAAGAUUCCAGAAGCCAGGCUGGAACUUUCCAAGAAAUAUGGUUAUGUCCUACCAGAUAUUACAAAAGAUGAACUCUUCGAAAUGCUGAGCAGACGCAAGGACCCGAGGCAGAUUUUCUUUGGCCUUGCUCCAGGCUGGGUGGUAAACAUGUCAGAAAAGAAAAUUCUGAAACCAACAGAUGAGAAGUUGCUAAAAUACUACAGCUCAUGAAUGCUUAAAAUGAAAAA